CUUUUACCUACGGUUUGCCCAAAGGCCCUCCACCCUUUGGGAGGCCCUGAAGUGUUUGCUCCUCCAACACACACUCGAAUGGCUGAAAAUAUGAAGUUCAGUCUGCACUAUGGAUGUGACACACACACACCUGCGAGUGAUGUUUGUGUUUUUUUAGCCCAAUGGUAUCCAUGAAUUAGGAAGACAAACAAACAUGGUCGGUCGAUUCGGUCCCAAAACCGAUAUGGAGCGAGGCUAUGGAGCGCGAAAAAAGGAUUAGAGUGGUGGUGCGUAAUCAAAGAUGAAACAGUUGUUGAGCUACAGUGGUGAGGUGUUGGAGAGAUAGACGAAUGAACGGUAUAUGGGGAGAGAGCCCGAGAGAGAAAGGGGAGGAACAGAUGAUUCUCCUCGCUAAUCCUCUUGACACGCGCACGAGCUGCCUGGCCGAGCAAGGCUACGCGCGUGUGGGAGCGAAUCAACGAGAGCCGAGCGAGAGCGAGAGGAGCAGGUGUAAAGGUACAAACGGAGAGUGAAAACAAAUAGUGAACAGCGUAGGGGGAGUAGGCCAAAAGGCAAGGAAAGGUUUUCUUUCAUCUACAAACCCCACUAAGCGAUAGAGAAAAGCCGCAAGGGAGGAGGGAGCGUGAGGGGAGUAGUGGCGCGCGUUUUCUCCCCCACGAGCACCGACGGCUUCAGUUCAGCGGUGCCGCGCGAAGCGAACGAUAGUGAGCGAGGAGCGCCUUAUUCCCGCGCUACCUGAACGGAAAACAGCGAGAAGAGCGGCAGAGCGCGAGCGAGAACACCGGGGUGAAAGGAGACAUCGAGAGAGAAGGCGGGAAGAAGUGCGGUCUACCUUGCAAGAAAAAGAAGAUUAAGAGACGGGGCCGAUAAAGGAUGGAGGAUUGGCGGGAACUACUGAGACACGGGGAGCCCUGGUGACUUCGGAUAUUUUGAGCGGGCGCACAACACAUCGGAAAAGCUAAACAAAGCAAAAACAAGAUGCUGUCACUGGGAUAGGGCGCCUAGUUGAGAGUGAGUACGAAUGAGUGAUGGGGAUGUGCAUAUGCGCCGAGCGCUGCUUCUUGCUACUCGCCAGACAGUUUGACAGUAGUGCGGUGAUGCGAGAACGGCAGGAAUAGAAACACGCAUCAGAGGCAAGGCUGCAAAGGGGUAGUCUGACAGUGUAGGAGCGUUAUGUUCAAAUGUUCCAGUGAGCGCGUAUGACCAAAAAAAAAGAAAAAAAAAGUAGGCUACAGACCAGCUGUUAAAGAGUAAAUCAGGGUCAGGCGCCCCCCAGAGACGGUGGUUUGCUUAGGCAGACCGACCACCACAACAACAUCACAUAGUGGUGGAGAGAGACAAAAGUAACCGACGGAACAGGUGUACACCCAGAGAAGGGCCUGUCAGGUUAACACACACACACACACACACACACACACACACACACACACACACACACACACACACACACACACACACACAGGAAUACGUAAACUAGAAUGUGUGCCUCUUCUGCAGAAAACCUCGAAAGCCAAGUGGUUUGAGUGCAGUCAGGGAUGAAUGUGUGCGUGCUUGCAUGCAUGUGGCUGUAGUAAAACAAAAAAAACACAACGAUGCGCCUCUGAAGAUCUUCAGGAUACCUCUAUCGUUACCGCUCCGCCCCCUGGCCCUCGCUCCACCCCGUCACACAAGGCACCUCACAGAGGGGCCUGGCAUCGCUAGCUACCGUGCCGCAAGCAGUGGGGAGUGGGGCUGAUUCGUCGAGCGUGGUGAAUGCUUCUUGGACCGUCAGCCAUGGGAGAAUGGACCAUCCUGGAGCGCCUCCUGGAGGCCGCUGUGCAGCAGCACUCUACCAUGAUUGGGAGGAUCCUGCUGACAGUGGUGGUGAUCUUCCGCAUCCUGAUCGUUGCCAUCGUGGGCGAGACGGUGUACGAGGACGAGCAGACCAUGUUCAUCUGCAACACCCUCCAGCCGGGCUGCAACCAGGCCUGCUACGACAAGGCCUUCCCCAUCUCCCACAUCCGCUACUGGGUGUUCCAGAUCAUCCUAGUGUGCACGCCCAGCCUCUGCUUCAUCACCUACUCGGUGCACCAGUCGGCCAAGCAGCGGGACCGCCGCUACUCCUUCCUGUACCCCAUCCUGGAGCGGGACUACGGCGGCCUGGGGGGCGGCCUGGGGGGCGGCCUGGGGGGCGGCCUGGGGGGCGGCGGAGGGGGCGGAGGCGGGGGCGGCGUGGGACGCAAGCUGCGCAACAUCAACGGCAUCCUGGUGCAGCACGGCGACAGCGUGGGCGGCAAGGAGGAGGCGGACUGCCUGGAGGUGAAGGAGAUCCCCAACGCGCCGCGCGGCCUCACGCACAGCAAGAACUCCAAGGUGCGGCGGCAGGAGGGCAUCUCGCGCUUCUACAUCAUCCAGGUGGUGUUCCGCAACGCUCUGGAGAUCGGCUUCCUGGCGGGCCAGUACUUCCUGUACGGCUUCAGCGUGCCGGGCAUCUUCGAGUGCGACCGCUACCCGUGUCUGAAGGAGGUGGAGUGCUACGUGUCGCGGCCCACCGAGAAGACGGUGUUCCUGGUGUUCAUGUUUGCCGUGAGCGGCCUGUGCGUGGUGCUCAACCUGGCCGAGCUCAACCACCUGGGCUGGAGGAAGAUCAAGGCGGCCAUCCGGGGCGUGCAGGCCCGCAGGAAGUCCAUCUGCGAGAUCCGGAAGAAGGACAUGGCGCACCUGUCCCAGCCACCCAACCUGGGCCGCACGCAGUCCAGCGAGUCCGCCUACGUCUGAGCGACCACCACCUUUCAGCGAGGACAGCGCUCGACCCACGACCACAGGGGGGGGAGGGAGAAGAGUGAAUGAGUGCAAAGCUAGAGCGAGAGUGAGAGAGAGAUAGAGAGAGAGUGAUCUUUUAAUUAAUUAUUUCUAAACAUUGGAGGAGAGGAAAUGGAUGGUCCGAUAGAUUUCUUCCACCUUCUCCAUGUGGCCGGGAUAGGAGACGCGACGAGAAUGUAAGACCCAAACGGAUUACUAUCAGUGUGCGGAGGUUUUGAAACGAGUCAAUGAAAAUAUAGGAUUGUAUUUUGCCACAGAAGAGAGGGAAAAGAGUACCAUUCCAAUUUGCCACAGAUUAUUUUUUACCACAUUAGAUAUAUUUACUUUUUUUUGUUCUCCCCUCUCUCCUUGCCCUCCCAUGUCUUUUGAUGGGAGCCUCAAAGGGCCAAAAUAAAUGACAAAGGCAGGGACGGCGAAGCAAAUGCUGCCUCACUGGGUAUAGGGACGAGAGAAGAGAGGCAGAAGAGAGAGAGAGAGUAGGAGCUUGAUUUAUCCCAUGGUGCGCCUCUUCUCAUGCUGGACUCUGUCAGUCCAGUAGCAUUGUAGAGAAAGGGGGGGGGGGGGGAAGGAGGGAGGGAGAGUGGAAGGAAGGGAUUGAGGAAGGGAGGGAGGGAUGGAGGGAGUCCGUUUUGAGGUGUAGGGGCUGACGGGGUAGGAAGAAGAGCAAGGAACAGGGGAGAUGAAGGAACUCACGGAAGGAACGUAGUUAGGAGCGGCGGAAGACCUGUCAAGGCCAUGAGAGACUCCGGAGGAGAGAGGAAACACAGGGGACUCUGGGGGGGGGGGGGAGAGAGGCAGGGGGACGCUUUGGAGGGGUUAGAGAGACCGGCCUCGGAUCAGUGUCAGCCUGGUUACAACAUAAUGACGGCCCAAACAACGGCACCGUCCAAGGGAGAGAGGAAGAGAGAGAGAGAAAACAUGUUGAUGGUCUGUCUCUUGGCAAACGAUAAUUCUAAUACAAACACGGGAAGUACCAUAAACACUUCUCCUCUCGCUCUCUGUCGCUCCCAUCCCCUCUUUCUCUCUCUCUCUCUCUCUCUCUCUCUCUCUCUCUCUCUCUCUCUCUCUCUCUCUCUCUCUCCGUCUCUCUCCCUCUUCUUCUCCUACUUCCAUCACUGCUUUCCGCUCUGUGCUGUUGUGCUCUGGGGUUGGCAGCUAUGUUAGAGAGGCAGGCUUGUAUCCCCUUCUCCUCUCCCUCUGUGUCUCUCCGUCUCUCUGUGUAAACAGCCUGCGAGAGGAACUCUUGAACAGGCGCGGGGGAGCGACCAGUGGCCCUGUUAAAGCGUCAGCCCCUCUCCGCCAGGAGGGACAGAACGGUCUCUGCUCUGCACACAUUCUUCUCAAGCGCUCAUGGAGGUGCUGAGCAAGAAAAGAAGAAGAAGAGAGAGAGACUAAGAGUCCUGAGCUCUUUGGAUAACGAGACUCGAUUAGUUUAUGAUUAUUUUAAAUCUUUAUUUUAUAAACUAUAUCACAUGUGUUAUUAUAAUUUUUUCUCCUUUGUUCACUUUCUUUUCUUUUGUAAAAGAGAUGGUGCCAUCCUUUAUGUAUUUAAGAAUUGUUUCAAGACGUAUAGCAUAAUUAUAUUAUUUAAUCAUGUAGAACAUAUAAAAAUAGAUUUAUUUAUCUCUAUGGGUCGGGGGCGGUGAGUGGGUGCUGAGCGCUAGAAGAUUUAGCUGUUCCUUCAAACGUAUUAACUGUCUCUUUUCGUUCUUCAUUUGUUCUUUUGGUUCAUUUCAAAUCUUUUUUUUCACAGAUGGAACUGUAUGACCUGUUUUAGCGUGCGGGGAGGAACACAGCUCAUCGUGCGCUUUGAGCUCUGAACAGACCUAGGUUUGUGCGACUGGAGAGCGUCAGUCGGCCAUGCCGUCGUUAAAGUGCGUCCGCAUUGUGUCCCGAGUUAACGCUAAACGUCAACGCGUUGCGUCGGUGGAACGUCAACCACGUCAACCAUGCUAAUAGUAAUAAUAAAAACAAUGGGUCGCACAAUCUCCGGUCACUGAGGAGCGCAAAGCCACGAGGAGAAAGGCAUGUUUACGCAGAAGCGACGUUUCGCUAAUGAUCCUAAUGAGACAUAGAGUCCUCCUUCAGGGGGACGCUACGAUGUUUCUGAAUCUUAAGUGUUUUUUCAACCUUCUGCAUUUCUCUCCCCGGGGGGGCAGUCAGCAUGCAUGCCUUCUGAAGAGAAAAAAAAAGAGAUAAGGAAGAGGAUGGAUGAAGAUAAGCUGAAGGGGAGCUUUGUGAUGCACCU